AUGUCGAACGAGCAAAUCAUUACCGUUACCUACCAAGAUCGCGUAGCGAUCGUGACGCUGAACCGCCCCGACAAGCUAAACGCCCUCAAUGGUGAUCUGUACUACCUUCUAGGCGAGCGUCUACGCGAGAUUGACUCACGAGAGGAUAUCUUUAUCACAGUCCUGACUGGAACCGGCCGUUUCUUCUCCGCCGGAGCCGAUGUAACAAGCAUACAUUCUGGCGGUAGCAAUCUCAGCUCAAACGUCCGUCGUGAGCUGGUCAAGGGCUUUGUCGCAAAUAAUGUCGACGUCACCCGCACCUUCUACAACCACUCCAAGAUCCUCAUCGUCGCCUUGAACGGGCCUGCUGUCGGCCUCUCAGCCGCACUAGUCGCGCACGCUGACUUCAUCUAUGCUGCCCCGCACACAUUCAUCCUGACUCCGUUCUCCUCGCUCGGUCUUGUUGCCGAAGGCGGCGCCAGCCGCGCCUUCGUCGAGCGCCUCGGAAUUGCCAAGGCGAAUGAGGCGCUCAUCAUGAGCAAGCGGAUUACCUGCGAUGAGCUUGUUUCGACUGGCUUUGUCAAUAAGGUUAUUGAGCCGGAGUCUGGGAAGAAAGAUGACUCGGAUGGGUUCUUGAAGAAGGUGCUUGAGGAGGUUGAUGAUCGUCUUGGUACACACUUGAACCAGUCUAGUCUGUUGAAGAUUAAGGAGCUGGUAAGACGGCCUGAGAGGGAGCUUUUGGAUCGCCAGAAUGGUAUUGAGGCAUAUAUGGGCCUUGAGCGCUUUAUGAAGGGAAUCCCGCAGGAAGAGUUCCGGAGGUUGGCAUCCGGUGAGAAGAGACAUAAGCUUUAG